GUAGAUCGGUAGGUUCUUUGACAAAUCGGUAGAUCUACCGAAAAAUCGGUAGACUUGGCAUCUCUGCACAUAAUCUUUAGCCAAGUUGACUAGGGUCCAUACUGAAUAUCUAGGGUAUUUUUUACUUUUAUGACGGCGACAUUGUCAUUUAGGUUAUAUUUAUUGUUAUUGUUGUCAUUGACGUGUCCUACUAUGGCCCCAAAUAACAAGUAUUCCAUCCUGCUCCCCACAUAUAAUGAGGUGGAGAAUCUGCCCAUCAUUAUCUGGCUCUUAGUGAAGCACAUGAAUAGCAGUGGGCACUCCUACGAAAUCAUUAUAAUUGAUGAUGGGAGCCCCGACGGAACUCUUGAAGCUGCCGAACAGUUGCAGCGGAUCUAUGGUAAAGAGAAAAUCGUGCUGAGGCCCAGAGAGAAAAAACUGGGCCUUGGCACUGCCUACAUUCAUGGUGUAAAGCAUGCAACUGGCAAUUUUGUUAUUAUUAUGGAUGCUGAUUUGAGCCACCAUCCCAAAUUUAUCAAAGAAAUGAUUGAAAAGCAAAAAUCCAACGACUAUGAUGUGGUUACUGGAACCAGAUAUGUGGGCACUGGCGGCGUUUAUGGGUGGGAUUUUCGAAGAAAACUGAUAUCACGAGGCGCCAAUUUACUCACUCAAAUCCUCUUGCGUCCAGCUGUUUCCGAUCUCACUGGGUCAUUCCGCCUGUACAAAAAGGACGUGUUGGAAAGCCUGACGAAUAGUUGCAUAUCAAAGGGAUACGUUUUCCAGAUGGAAAUGAUCAUUCGGGCCAGGCAGAAAAAUUAUACCAUUGGCGAAGUCCCCAUUAGCUUUGUAGAUCGUGUCUAUGGGGAGUCGAAACUGGGUGGCUCUGAAAUCGUCCAGUUUGUCCGUGGGCUGGUGUAUUUGUUUGCCACUACUUAAGCCCAACUGCCCAAGAUUCCACUUAUUUUUAAAGCUKUGUUUUAUCUCCCUGAAUGUAUUUAUUUUCAAUAAAACCCGUUGGCCCAUA